GUGGCAUAUAUCUGGAAGAUUUAGAGUCUAAGUAUACUCUAAGUGUAAUAAUUGUGAAACACUCUAUUUACCUUAGUUGGUGCAGCUUGGCAUGGUGUGACAGUGCCAAUACUUGUACACUGUAAAAACAUAAUCUCUCAAGAGUGGUGGGUAAAAAUGCAGGGUUCAUUACUGCCUGAAACAUCGCCCCAGGAAGCCUCGAACUCCGCUCUCAACGGCAGCAAUAACGAUGCUGUCGAGAGCGAUCCAGAGAAAACCGUCUGCAGGGGAUUGUUGACACCCCAGCAGCCAGAAAACAAGCCCAUCGACAACUCAAUCUUCAACACCAUCUCGAAAAUUGUCAAUCCGACUGCCAAGGUACCAGAAAUUCAAGAUUUUAAAAUUGUCAAACCCAUAAGUAGAGGUGCAUUUGGCAAAGUCUUUCUGGGGUACAAAAAGACAAACUCAGACCAAAUUUAUGCAAUCAAAGUCAUGAAGAAGAACGAAAUGAUCCACAAAAAUAUGGUAUCCCAAGUAGUUAUAGAGAGAAAUGCGCUCGCGCUCAUCAGAAGCCCUUAUUGCGUACAAUUGUUUUACUCGUUGCAAUCUGCCACAAGCGUUUAUUUAGUUAUGGAAUACAUGGUUGGAGGUGAUUUGAAAAGUCUAGUCGGAGUUUACGGCUACAUGGAAGAGUCGAUGGCUGCCUUUUACACAGCCGAAGUCUGCCUAGCAUUAGAAUAUCUUCACUCCCAUGGUAUCGUGCACAGAGAUCUUAAGCCAGACAACAUGCUGCUCUCAAAGGAGGGUCAUGUCAAGCUGACAGACUUUGGUCUUAGUAAGAUAUCGACUCUGCAACGCGAACUUGAGAUAUCUGAUCUAAUGAACUGCACGCCAAGUCUGUGCACGCGGACUCCAGGUCAGCUGCUCUCCCUCACGUCGCAUCUGACCUUUGACUCGGGCCUAAAGUCCACGGCCAAUGACUCGCAGCUGCUAAACUUGAGCAUGCAAAGUAAUCUCGAUACUGACCUGUUACCAAAGCUCAGAUUACGCGGCAGAAAGCCUAAAUACCAUGACAGCCUAAAUUCACUUGGAUCCUCGGAUAUGCGAUCCGGCGACUUUUCCCGAGUCUCUGGCGUGGCGUCUUUGCAUUCGCCUGAGCAAAUCCGAAUGUCCGGGAUUUGCACGAACUCGGGUUCAAAUGGUUACCAUACGGCGCCCUCGACCAAUGCCUCUGAAAUCGACGGUCAUGCUAUAGACGAGGAACAGUCGACUCUCGAAGGCGAAAAGUCGGUGCAUCCUCUGCCCCACACUAGUCCACUCAGCUCCUGUGACUUUACACAGUCCCGAGGAAUUAAACGAAAACGUCAGAGACAUCUCAUGCACGGGACUGGGCUCACGAGGGAAAUCUGUAUGAUGGGUCUGGAUGAAAACGUGACGCCGAAAAAGAAAAAUCGAGGCCCAAAGUUCAACGUCGCAAGCCCAUCGUUCGCUUCAAAGAUUGAGAACGCCGAAGCAGCAUCCAAAGUAGAAGCAGCCGAAGGCUCUGCAAGGGUAGCUUUUAGUACACCAGUUUCAUCGUCCAAACAACGACCAAACGAGAAGACAUUAAAAAAAGACGAGCCCGUGCUCAAGUCAACGAGAUUCGAUCUGCCACGAGAUAGCGUAACACCGGACAGGACUGCCGACGAUACUGACAGUAGCGAGCUGCAAGCCCAGCACAGAUCACCAGAAGGAAUUUCGCCCAUUAAAACACCACCCGCUUCGGAAAAUAAUUACACGCCCUACAGAACUCCAAAAUCUGUGAGAAGAGGCCCUCAAGGAGGCAUCAAUCGAUCAGAUGAACGAAUUCUUGGUACUCCGGAUUACUUAGCCCCAGAACUACUUAUGCGCCAAGGUCAUGGACCGGCAGUGGAUUGGUGGGCCCUGGGUGUUUGUUUAUUUGAGUUCUGUACGGGUGUCCCGCCAUUCAACGAUGAAUCUCCCCAAGCUGUAUUUGACAACAUCUUAGCGAGAGACGUACCUUGGCCAGAGGGCGAGGAAACCCUAUCUGCUAAUGCCAUUGAUGCCAUUGAUUCUUUGCUCACUCUAGACCAGCACACGCGCCCUACAGCUAAAGAGGUGCGCACUAUGAAGCUCUUUAGUGAAUUUCCAUGGAACGAGCCCCUAAAAGCUGUGCCUCCAUUCGUUCCUCAGCCUGAUGACAAUCUUGAUACAUGCUACUUUCAAGCACGCAAUAUUUUACAGCAUCUCAACGUCAGCAGCUGCGAUACGUGACUAUUGAUUUAUUGAAUGAUCACUACAGAUUUAUCCAAAGG